AUGAACCGAUUCACCGAAUUUCAACUUGAAGACACGAAACUAACACCUAUUGCUGGGUAUUGGGCCUAUCAACUUGUUUCUAUAGACGAAGCAUUAAGAUCUUUUAUGUCCGAAAUUAAUGAACUAAAACGUUCUGUUAAAGAAGCCAAAAAAUAUUGUACAUAUCCAUCGGAACAUAAACUUACGCGCGAUGAAUCAGCUGCUUUAUUUUUAUAUACAAUGGAAGCUGGCGAGCAUAGUUUUUAUCGUAUUUUAAAUCAAAUAUUAAGAAAUGAAGAUCGAAAUCAAGUAAAACCAUGGUUCAGUUAUCUGAAACUAUUCGACACAGCAUUACAUAAAUUGCCAAAAGUUAAAGGAAACGUUUGGCGAGCUGUGCCUGGCAAUGUUACCAGUAGUUAUAAAACAGAUCGAAUAUUGAAUUGGUGGUCUAUUAGCUCUUGUUCAACAUCAGUCGAUGUUGUCAAAGCUUUCCUGAAACCCGAUCAGGAAGCAACACUUUUCAUGAUUGAAGCUGCCGAUGGAAGAAAUCUGGCUGGUUAUACCAUGUAUCCCAACGAAAAAGAAGUUAUAUUAGGGGUCGGCACUCAAUUACGCGUGAAAAAUAUUGGAUUUAAACAUGGCAAUUUACAUGUAGUACAUCUAGAAGAAAUUAAAGAUGAUAAUACCGAUGAUGACGAUGAUCAGGAGGAAGUAGCAGCAGCAAUAUCUAAAAUACAUGUAACGCCAAACUCACCGAAAUUAAACAUGAAAACAACAUCGAGUAAGUCAGUGUAG